CAUCAUCGCAACUACAUCUCGAGCAUUAUAAUUUAGUUAGUUUAAGGUGUUAAGAAACAUAAGCGAUAAUGGAUUUACUCAGAUUUGGAUACUGUGUUCUGCUAAUUGUUGCAAUUGUAUCGGGACAAGAAGACAAUUCAUCAUCGGCGAAAAGUGCGUUCAGCGCGAUAACGAAAGUGUUCUCACAAUGUGGAAGUGCUGAUAAUAUUAUCAAGUGUUUUAAGCUGCAAGCCAUACGGCUCACAAAUCGUGCACUUAAAUUACAAAACAUAAAACUAAUGGAUGGAGUGUCGGUCAUCAAAAGGAGCGGAUAUCGUGACAAUCGAUCGUACAAGGAUAAUUCGUUGGAUGAUAAUGAACUAAAUAGCUUAACGUCUCGCAAAUUGGACGAAAUUUUGUACGAACGAGCCAGUAAAUUGUUCGAAAGUCAUCAAUUGCAAGUCAAUUUACCACGUCUGAUGUCGUUCGGUCAAAACGAGGUCGGCAAAUUUAUCGAAGAAGGACGAAAGAAGAAGAAAAAGUAUUUGGGACCGUUUCUGGCCGCCAUUGCAUUGAAGGCUGGUAUUCUGAAAAUGGCCUAUCAUUCCAUUGCAAUUGUUGCCGGAAAGGCAUUGAUUAUCGGUAAGAUUGCGCUGGUGAUAAGUGCAAUUAUUGGACUAAAAAAGUUGGUGGCACCGGAAGGACAUGAAAAGACCACAUACGAAAUUGUGAAACAUCCGCACGUCCAACAGAGUCACAGCUAUUCGUCGAGUCAUGGUGAAUACGAUGGUCAUGAAAGCGGCGGAGGUCAAUAUCAUCGCAGCUUAAGUGAAAAAGAAAUACAAGACCGUGUUUACAAAGCUCAUGUACCUCACACCCAAUAACACCAGUUAUCUAACUUACGGUAGAGAGAAGAAAAAAAACGAAUAAAAACAACAACAACAAGUCAAGAGAGUUACUUACUUAUUUAUAAUAUACUUACAUGUGUGCCGGUUAUAACGAUUUUUUUUUCUUUCAUAAAAUGCGCAUAAUACUUAGUUUUUCUUAUUCAUAUUUUCGAUGAUAUUAUGUGUUAAAUAAAUGCAAUCGAACCGAUGCUUAAUAAUAAUAAUUUAAUUUUAUGUAUUUAUUUUGUAUAUGAUAAAGAAAUUGAAUAGAGUUAAGCUAAAAUGUAGAAUAGGCAAGUAAUAUAAUAAAGUUUAACAUGAAUUAAGGUUAAUUGUGAUG